GAUAACACAUUAGCCCUGCGAAUCAAUUAUCCCAUCUCUCUUUUUCUCAGUACUCUCUCUCUCUCUCUCUCCCUUCAAUUUCAAGCUGACCCCGAUUUUCCCUUGUCUUCCACGAUCAAUCAAGUCUGAUAAUCUUUUUCCCCUAUUGAUUCAUUUUAGUAGUAGUUUCCUGGCUUAUGCAACGGAAAAGAUGGAGAACUUACUGGGACUUUUGAGAAUUCAUGUCAUCCGAGGUGUUAACCUUGCCAUAAGAGACGUUAGAAGCAGUGAUCCUUAUAUUAUCGUCAGGAUGGGCAAACAGAAAUUGAAGACGCGUGUGGUGAGGAAAAAUGUAAAUCCUGAGUGGAAUGAAGACCUUACACUAUCAAUUGCAGAUCCAAGCAUCCCAAUCAAGCUACAAGUUUUUGACAAGGAUACAUUCAGUCUUGAUGACAAAAUGGGAGAUGCAGAGUUUGACAUUGGACCGUUCAUUGAGGCUGUAAGGAUGCGGUUAGAGAACAUCCCCAGUGGAACUGUUAUCACCAAUGUAAAACCAAGUAGGCAAAAUUGCCUUGCUGAAGACAGCAGUAUUGUUUGGGAAAAUGGAAAAGUUAAGCAACAUAUGUUUCUUAGACUGCGAAAUGUUGAGCGGGGUGAAGUGGAGCUUCAGUUGGAGUGGAUAGAUGUUCCUGGCUCCAGAGGUCUGUAAUUGCCUGGCUGUGUCACAUCCCGUGGUGUACAGUCAAGAGUUGUGGUGUCGUAAAAUGAUGCAAAAAUAAGGUCCUCAUUUUACUCCUGUUGUUCAUUCGCUUUUGUAAAAUGGAGCCAGAAAAUUUUGUGAUAUAUACCUGGUAUUUUAUGAUUUUAAUGAAGUAUGUGAGAAAGCAA